GUUGAGAUUGAUAUUCGGACAUUGUUUCUCCUGUUUAAUACAUCUAACUAAAACCUCACAAACAUCGACAGCGUUACUCAAAAAUUAGCAGCCCAUCUUUGACAACAAGCAGAUAGCAGAGAGCCCUCGUUCUCUUGAAGGAUUCGCUGGGGGCAUGAUAUGUCUUCAAUACUGGCAACAACAUGCCUCAAGUGCGGAAGCCAAAGCUGGGACAAUGCCUUUGUGUGUUGCUCUAGGUGUGAGGAUUGUGUUGUUCAUCGUUAUUGCUUAGAUGUCAUUCCCAACACACUUGAUGAAAUUGUGACUUGGUAUUGUGAAGACUGCCAAGAAGAUUUAACUCCGUCUACCAAGGAAGCACAUGGCUCUGGUUCUAUGAAUAUAAGGGACACCAAUUCUACAGACACAGAAGACCAUAUGUUUGAGGAUGGUUCCUCCCAUGGGGUUCAUUCAGCGCAUAAUGAUAACCAUAGCAGAAAUUCCGUGGAGAAUGAACAAGAGUCUCGUUUGUUACCUUAUGGAUAUGACUGUGUGCAAGAGCAUGUAAUUCGUUCGUCUUCCAGGAAUGGAGCAUUUGAGGAAGCACGUGGCUCUGGUUUUACUAACACAGAGGAGCAGAUCUUUGAGGAUGAUCCCUCCCAUGGUGUUCCUUCAGGGCAUAAUCAUAACCAUAGCAGCAUUUCCAUGGAGUGUGAAGAAGAGUCUUGUUUGGCACCUUAUGGACAUGACUGUAUGCAAGAUCCUGUCAUUCAUUCUUCUUCUAGGGAUGGGGCAUUCGAGGAAGCUCGUGGUUCUGGUUCUACUAAUAUAAGGGACACCGAUUCUACUGACACAGAGGAGCAGAUCUUUGAGGAUGGCACCUACCAUGGGAUUCAUUCAGGGCAUAAUCAUCAUCAUCAUAGCAGCAAUUCCAUGGAUAAUAAAGAUGAGUCUCUUUUGGUAUCUUAUGGGCAUAACUGUGUGCAAGAUAAUUUAGUUCAUUCCUCUGUUAGUAAUGGGGCAUUUGAGAGACUCCAAAUGAGUUCUGAAUAUGAUGUGAAUCCUAGAUUAAUAUGCAACACCGCGCACAACUCUGAUGUCAGUGAGAUCUCAUAUCUAGGUAAUCCGACUCCGUUAGUGCAAGAUCAUCAUAUACCUGCACAACCGGUAAAGGAUCCUAUUUGGAGGGGGGCUUUUGUCAUAAUUAACAAAAAGCGGGGUACUUAUGAUGGAGUUGUAGCUCAUAUAUCGAACAAAGCAUGCUCUAAAGUAUGUGAGAAAGCAAGAUCGCUUGAAAAUUUUCUGCAUUUUGAAAAGCAUCCAAAGUCUGAUGUCUGGCCAAAAAGCUUUCAGAACUCUCUUCCUUCUGAUGAGAGUAUUGCCCUGUAUUUCUUGCCAGCAGACAGAAGCGGUGAGGAGGUUUUUGAAAAUUUGGUGGACUAUAUGAUAGGAGAUGAAAUAGCUCUAAAAGCCACCAUUGAGGAUGCUGAGCUUUUGGUUUUCUCUUCUACAGAGCUGCCUCUGUCGUACUGGAGAUUCCAAGGUAAAUAUUAUCUGUGGGGAGUGUUUAGGGGAAAGCGAGCAGCUUGAUGUUAGCAACAGGAAAAAUAUGAUGCACAAAGUCCAGUUCCAGCCCAUGGUGAAGGGACUUGAAUCCAAACAAAAAGUUGUAAACAUCACGGACUGGUAAUCAGUGGGGUGAGAAAUGGGGGGCAAGCCUUCCCCCUUUAUUUUAUAGUUUGUAGUAUAUGUACAUGUUUUACAGGAAAUGGAUUAGCUGUAGUUGGUCAUGUAACUUAUUUUCGUUGCUUUUGCUAUGUUUCUUCCUGGUCUUCUUAAAGUCGCCCAACCUUGGAAACUCUUACAGUUUUGCGGUGGCUUUUAGAAGAUCCAAUUGCUCGUGAUUCUCGAAAGAAAUGAAGUUUUAGAAAGGGCAUAUGAAUGAUCAUGUAAUAAAAUUGUUUGUGUCUGGAUUUGAAAAGACUUUUGAGUAAAGAA